ACUCUCUCUCCCUCCCUGCACCCUCCUCUCUCCUUCUCUCUGCAUUGCUCUGUUGGAUCAGAACCCUCCAGCACUAAAGGACCAGAAUAUUUCCCGGGACACCCACAGAUCCACAGAUAAGAGAUUCAGCAUGCUGUCCUGGGAGGGUCUGCUUGUUCUGACGUAGACGCACACAUUCAUGGCUGACAGCAAUUGUAAGAUCACUCACCACAGAUCCAUCCUGUCUGUGUGAAACAAACACCUGGAGUUUACCUGGAGCUGAAGAAAGCACAAGAUCAGCCACACUAACUGAGCCGACACCUCUGUGGCUCCGCUCCUCUGCUGUGGUAUCUUCGGUAACACUCACACAUUCCACGUCCCUUCUGGAACAAUGUCUGACCCCUACCAAAACAGCUAUCACCACAGCGAUGCCGACGGCUACGGGACCUAUGGAGAAGGUGACCAGGACGGCUACGGCUACCAGACGGACUACCCGCCGCAGGAGGAGGAUGCCGCUAGCGACGUCACCGAGGGGCAUGACGAGGACGAUCAGAUGUACGAGGGCGAAUACCAGGGCAUCCCACACCCAGACGAGGUCAAGGCCGCCCGGCGGGCAGCGAGGGCCAGGGCCCGUGGUCCCACGGCCGCCGACGCCGUGUCCGAGCUCCAGGAGCUGGCGGAGCAGUACGAGGACAUCCUGGAGGACUGUGGGCAUGGGCGCUUCCAAUGGAGCCUGUUCGUGGUACUGGGGCUGGCACUCAUGGCCGACAGCGUGGAGUGCUUCGUGGUGGCCCUGGCACUGCCCAGUGCCGAAAAGGACAUGUGCCUGUCCAAAGCAGAGAAAGGCAUGCUGGGUCUUAUAGUGUUCCUUGGGAUGAUGUUUGGCGCCUUCGUUUGGGGAGGGCUGGCUGAUCAGUUGGGGAGACGGAAGUGCCUGAUUAUCGCUUUGGCCAUCAACUGUAUUGCUGGCUUCCUUUCGUCCUUCGCCCAGGCUUAUGGCUUCUUCAUCUUCUUCAGGCUGAUCUCUGGCAUCGGGAUUGGUGGAUCUGUGCCAAUCGUGUACUCAUACUUCUCGGAGUUCCUGCGGAUGGAUAAAAGAGGUGAACACCUGAGCUGGCUAUGUAUGUUCUGGAUGAUGGGCGGCAUCUAUGCAUCCUUCACGGCCUGGGGAAUCAUCCCCCACUACGGCUGGGGCUUCAGCAUGGGGACGCAGCUCCAGUUUCAGAGCUGGCGGGUGUUCGUGCUGGUGUGUGUUCUGCCGGCCAUUGCUGCGCUCGUCGGCCUCACCUUCAUGCCGGAGAGCCCACGCUUCCUGCUAGAGCGUGCUAAGCACGACGAGGCCUGGAUGAUUCUGAAACAAGUCCACGACACCAACUGGAGGGCAAAAGGAGAACCUGAAAGAGUCUUUACCGUGUCUCAGAUCAAGACUCCAAAGACACAGGACGAUGAGUUCUUUGAGAUCCAGAGCUCCACUGGCACAGCUUUCCAGAGAUGGGUCGUCCGGUCACUUACCCUUGUCAAACUGGUGCUGAAGAAUGUUGCAUCUCUUUUGGCUCGUGACUUGAGACUUGCUACGCUCCUCAUGGCUGGUAUCUGGUUUACAGUGGCAUUCAGUUACUACGGGUUGGUCGUGUGGUUCCCGGACAUGAUAAAGCAUCUCCAGCACGAGGAGUAUGAUUCCAAGAUGAAGGUGUUCUACAGGGAGAGGGUGGAGCGCUUCCAUUUCAACUUCUCCUUGGAGAACCAGAUCCAUAAGGAAGGAGAAUACAUCAAUGACAAGUUUAUCAACCUUGAGAUGAAGUCAGUGAAGUUUGAAAACUCACUCUUUGAGGACUGCUAUUUUGAAGACAUCAAGUCCACAAACACGUUCUUCGAAAACUGCACCAUCAGAUCCACUGUGUUCUACAACACUGAUCUGUACAAGGAGAAAUUCGUUGACUGUAAGAUGGAGAACACCUUCUUCAAUCACACUAAGAAGGGAUGCCAUCUGAACUUUGAAGAGCAGAAUGACGUCCUCAUUUACUUGGUCAGCUUCUUGGGAAGUCUCGCUGUGUUGCCCGGGAAUAUCAUAUCAGCCCUGUUCAUGGAUAAGAUCGGCAGGGUUAAAAUGAUAGGAGGCUCCAUGCUUCUCUCUGCUGGCUGCACCUUCUUUCUGUUCAUAAGCUUCAGUCAGGCCACCAUCAUCAUCUGGCAGUGCCUGUUCUGUGGGGUUAGCGUGGCAGCCUGGAACGGCAUCGAGGUCAUCACCGUGGAGCUCUACCCCACCUCCAAAAGGGCCACGGCGUUUGGCCUCCUGAAUGCGGUCUGCAAACUGGCAGCCAUCUUGGGCAGCUUCAUUUUCGCUUCCUUCGUGGGCGUCACCAAAGUGGUUCCCAUUCUGCUGUCGUGUGUGGCACUGCUGUGUGGGGGUCUCCUGGCUCUGAAGCUCCCAGAGACCAGAGAGAAGGCCCUGCUGUGAGGAGGGUUACUCCGCCCUGUUCCACGCAGGGGCAUGGAGUCGAGGCAGUACAACUACAUCUUAAUCUCACCAGGCUGAAAUUAGUCCACACCAAAAAAUGAUUUGCCGGACUUGUCUGACCAGCACAGAGCAUUCGUCUGACCUGCGAGCUUUAGUGAUUCCGUAAAACCCCAAUUUAAAUCUGACCCAGGACCAAAAGUGAAGACUGCUUACUUAAGAGUGAUCUCUCAGACUUACACUUCACAUCAGAUUAAAAGGUCAUCUAUCACUUCAAUCUCUUAAUCCCUUAACUGAAUCACCAUGAGAUUAGAAAUCACAGUCUAUGUAGAGUAUACCCUGAAAGCAACAUCCUCUACCUGUUAUUUGUCAAAUUCUAGGCUGUUGAUCAAAUAUCAUGAACCCCCCAGAGCCAUUUCAUGGUUGUUAAGAAAAGAGAGUUCAGGUACCUUUGAAGAUUUAUUUAUUUAUUAAAGAGAGUUCAGGUACCUUUAAGAGUGAUUUCUUGUUUUGGUUCAUUCUGCUUGCCUCCUCCCACAGAGCCCUAGCUGGUGUGUUCACCCCUCGUCCUGUGUUUGCUAUGUUUGCUACAGCUAAUGGUCAGCCUGGUGUUCACAGCUAUCCCCUGGUGUUUGGUUUUUACAGGGGAGGGUGACUUCACGGCACUCACUUCCAUGUUUCUUGUGUGCGGAUGAGGAGUGUGUGGUACAUGUAGCCUAACUAGCCUCCAGUGCUGUUCUGCUUCAGUAAUCUUCGCUAAUCUUUACUGUCCUCCUUUCCAGAACUCUUGAUGGUUUACCCUGAGUACACAAUGGAAUCCUCAAAGGCAUAAAACAUAUUUUAAAACAUAAAAAUGGGUCGAAUGUUUGGUGAAAUGCUCUAGUUGACCCUGUUAAGGAAUCUCACACUAGCUGUUGACUGAGUUGCAUGUGAUGUUUGUGUCUCCUUCCAGUGUGUUGCUAGCCAAGCGAAUGUCUUAACGUCCUGACGUACAUCUCACUGUAAAUACAACACUGUGUUUUACGCAUCGGUUUUCUUAAACACCCCUCAUUCUAUUCAGUCUGUGCCUCCUUCCACUUACUGAGACAACAUAUCAACAACCCUGUGUUUCCGUGAUGAUCGUAAGAUCUCUGCUUUUGGGGUUACACAUUUGGGAAUGCUACUAAAAGAGUAAUAUGGAAGUGUGUGAACAAGGAUCUACACACUGUGGGCCAUAUUCACUAAGGCCAGGACUGCAGUUCCUAGAUCAGUUCUGGCCUUUGCCACUCACUAAUGAAGGCCAGGAAAAAAGGAAAAGAAAACUGGUCCUGGAUCAGCUCUCCUACUGUAAGUUACUUUAUGGCGCUUUAGCAGGAUGAUGGAAGGUUUGCCUGUAUCCACUGUAAAAGCUCCCUGUCAUGCUUUUUAGCUGUAAAGCAGGUUUCUAACAUUUAAAUCUGAAUCUGAUACUGGCGAUAACUUGACCAGUAAGUGAUGAGCUGAAGGAGGGAAUUAAGGCCGCUGUCCUGGGAGACAUAGAAGAGAAAAGGGUAUGAACGUAGUGUUUUAUCUUUAACUUCGUUUGUAUCUGUGUCAUCGUCUGAUGAAACCAUACCACUUUG